AUGGCUGAGGCUGCUGAGCUCAGGAAGUUGCUACUGGAGAUGGAAUCCAAAGUGGAAUUGCUAGAGCGAGAAGUUAAAUUCUUAAAGAAGGACAAAACUAAGAGUGAAGAGAAAAUUAGGGAUUUGGAAAAGAAAAUUAGAGCUCUGGAGAAAAAAGAUGUUGAUGAGAGGAACAAGUGGACUAGGGUUGAGGAGGAGUUGUGGGAGAAGAUUCAAGAGAUGGAAAAGGAGGAGGCACUGAAGAAGUCUGAGGAGAGAGAAAAGAGCUUGGAAUUGUUUGUUGUUCGGUUGAAGGAAGAAGCAGGGGUGGUUGAGAAUGUGAUAAGAGGACUGAACCAGAAGGUUGAUACUAUGAAUGGUGGAGUGAAUGGAAAUGGGGUUAUUGCUAGGGUUGAGAAAGGGGUAAAGGGUUUGAAUAUUCAGUGGCCUGUGGUGGUAGCUGGUUCUACUGUUGUUGCAGCUACUGUUGUGAUCUGGUUCUACUUUUGGUUGAUCCAUGAAAAUAAUGACAAUGAUGGUUUCUUAUACGACUUAAUGUUUAUCAAGCCUUGUCGCCGUUUUGUUUGUGCUAGUGAGGUUGAGAAGUUAGACUUUGAGAGUAAUUUGAAGAGAAUAUGGGAGAAUGGAAGACCGGAUUGGAAAAAGAAGAAAUGA